AUGGAUUCCAAGAAAAGAAAGUGUUUCGACUUGACUGCAUCAGCCGGUUCGCAAUCCGCUUCUCCAGCGCCUCUGUUCGCCCAAUUUCCAAGUUACGACAACAAGGAUCGAGCCAAGCUGGAGAACCAGGAACAGCCACAUAUCGCCGAUACAGGGAAUUGGUUUUGCUUCGUUGAACUUGAGCAACCAAAACAUCCCCAAGUCGAAUGUCGCGCAAUAAAUCACGACCACGACCACCAUCGCUACGGCGACCAAUACGGAAAGCCUGCUGCAACUCCCACCAACAGACCCCAGCUGCAAGUUGGGAAAGAAUGCCUUGACCUGACUCGCGAGCGCUGCAGCAGCACUCGUGCAUAG